CCAACUCUCAAGAAUCGAUAUAAAUCUCCCCUCCGCUCCCUCUUUCACAAAGUCCUCCCACCGGCUCACCCUCGAACCUCAUCCCUCCACAGAAUAAGGACUCUCGAGUACACCCCCAUCGCACUCAAUAUGCGUCUCCUCUCAACCCCAACCUCCCUCCUCACCCUCACCCUCACCCCCCUCGUCACAGCCUUCACAAACCCCAUCCGCCGCCCCGGAGGCUCCGACCCCUCCCUAACCUACUCGGGCGACGGCUACUACUACCUCCUCUCAACAACCUGGUCCACCGUCGAAAUCGCCCGCUCCACCACAAUCGAAGGCCUCAAGACCGCCACCAAGAAGGUCGUCUACUCCUCCGCCGACGCCUCGCGAUGCUGCAACGUCUGGGCGCCCGAGGUCCACUGGCUGGGGAACCGGUGGUACAUCUACUUCACGACGGGCGGGAGCGCGAAUUUGGAUAAUCAGAGGAUGCAUGUUUUGAGGGGCGGCACAACCCCCUGGGACGCCUACACCUACGUAGGCCGCAUCGGCCCAGACGAAUGGGCCAUCAACGCCUCCGUCCUCCGCACCCUCUCCCAAGGCGAAUACCUCACCUUCUCCUGCUUCCACGGCGCAACCUAUCAAUCCAUCUGCAUCCAAAAGCUCAACACGGACUACGUCUCCACCUCGGGCUCCGUCUCCCUCAUCUCCCAGCCCAUACAGUCCUGGGAACGCGUCUCCCACCCCGUCAACGAAGGGCCUGCAGCGCUCUAUUUCGGGGGCAAGACGUACAUCGCCUACUCUGCUUCGUACUGCUGGUCCGCGUCCUACUGUCUGGGUCUGUUGACGUGGGACGGCAGCAAGGUGCCGACGGAUCCUGCGGCGUGGACUAAGGGCAAUGGAUGUGUGUUGAGUAGUGGGAAUGGACAUUAUGGGACGGGGCAUAAUAGUUUCUUUGCGAGUCCGAAGGAGGAUCAGAUGUGGAUUGCGUAUCAUGCUACUGCGAAUAGUGCGGGCGCGUGUGAUGAUAGUCGGUAUACCAUGGUGCAGAUGCUCGGGACGCAUAGUAAUGGGGCGCCUAACUUUGGGACGCCUGUUGCUUUUAGUUAUGCGUAUGGCGAGCCGUCGAAAUAAGUAUGGGAUGGGGGUGCCGUGAGAUAGUGGACGAAGUUGGGAGGAGGAGGUUGACGACUUUCAUGCUGUGGAUAAAGAUACGAUGGGAUGAGAUGGCGCUGCAAACGGAUGAAUGAAGGGGACUUGAAGUCUAGUGCUCGAUUCUUGUAUAUACUUUAUGAGUGAAAUUGGAUGUAUAUAACAGUCGCAUUCGUCUGAAA